AUGGCUCCCUCGAGCCCUAUAUCCUUCGUUCCUGACGGGGAGAACUCAGCACUCUCGUCACCGCUUUCCAGCCUCUCACGUACACCAUCUCUAUCAUCUGUACCUCCGUCUCCCGAACUCACCGAUCCGACAAAGCGCUAUCCCUCACCCUCAACAACCGCAUCGGGUCCCCAUUCUCCAGACAAGAUGUGCGACCUCCCAUCUGAAGACGAGAUUGUCGCCAAACCUCUAGAUCCCUCGAGUGAAGAUCCUCCGCCUGCUAAGAAGCGCCGUAUCUCGCCCCCAAAGGAACGCACCACCGAAUACUUGGACCUGAUGAAACCUGAUGAGGAACUUACUGUCGAAGAUCACCGCCAGAUAAAGAGACUUCUUGACACGCUGCGCAAGAAGAAGAAGAUUGUUGUCAUUGCUGGCGCUGGUAUCUCUGUCUCGGCUGGAAUUCCCGACUUCCGCUCAUCCAAUGGCUUGUUCGCAACCGCCAAGAACCAACACAACCUGAAGGGUUCUGGCAAAGACCUAUUCGAUGCUUCGGUUUAUAGACACGACGACACUACCGAAUCUUUUCACACAAUGCUCAGAGAAAUGGCCGCAAUGACCAAGAGUGCGAGCCCUACACCCUUUCACCACAUGCUAGCAUCCUUGGCUAAAGAAGGCCGGCUAUUACGCCUUUAUACGCAAAACAUUGACUGCCUAGACACACAAAUGGAGCCUCUGGCUACUCAAGUUCCCCUCGACCCCAAAGGCCCGUGGCCUGUCACAAUCCAGUUGCAUGGCGGCCUCCAAAAAACGGUGUGCACCAAAUGUAGUAGUCUGGAAGACUUCAAUGGCGAGGUUUUUGAUGGUCCAAAGGCCCCACUUUGCACAGUAUGCAAAGAUAUUGACGACGUUCGAACAGCCCACGCAGGGAAACGAAGUCACGGCAUUGGCAGAAUACGACCACGAGUUGUGCUCUACAACGAGUACAAUCCAGACGAGGAUGCUAUCGGGAGUGUGUCCAAGGCGGAUCUUAAAGCCCGUCCUGAUGCUGUUAUCGUUGUUGGUACCACACUCAAGAUUCCUGGAACGCGUCGGCUUGUUAAGGAGCUGUGCCAGACUACACGCGGCCGAAGAAACGGUACUGCUAUUUGGAUCAAUGUGGACAACGAGCCUAAGGAUGUUUAUCUGAAGAAUUGCUGGGACAUCGUCGUGCGGUCAAAGUGCGAUAGCGUUGCUCGACUUGCAGAACUUCCUCCGUGGGAUGUCGCACUUGGAAAUGAUUAUGAUGUCACUACCGGAUACGCCCAGAAGAGAGAGGAUCUCAACAAGACCACAUUCGCUGUCAAUAUUCCUUCUGGCUCAACCUCGACACACUCCGAUGUUGAGCACAAGGUUGCGGCUAUACCAAAGCAAGUCAAACAGGCACAGGGCAUUCCAACUCCUCACGCAAGCCCAAAGAUCUCUGCAGUCAAAAAGCCUGCCCAAAAGAAGCAGAGCACGAUCUCAUUCGAUGGCAAACAAGCCGAUAAGCCGGCCCCGGCCCCGGCUGCUAAGCCCCGUGGACGCAAGAGAAAGAAUCUACCUGAUCAACCUAUGCCAUCCCUUAGCUCAAAGUUCAAGACGCGCAAAAACGUGACGAGCCAAGACAGCAAGGCAAAGCAACCGAAGACAUCAAAUAAGGAGAUAUCUGAUCAUACCUUUCCCUCCCUACGCCCCGAGCGUAGACCAUUAGUAGAGAGUUUCUCGCACACAUCCGAGUCUGACGAGAAAGACAACGGCCACAACUCAGGUUUUCCUUCAACUCCGGCUACUAAGAAGGAGAAGGACACAAUUUCACCAGCUAUUAUCCCUCAAUGCUUCAAGGGCCUCAUUGACUAG